GCGGCCGCCGCCGCGAUCGCUGCCGCCGCAGCAGCCGCCGCCGCCGCCGCGGCCGCCGCCGAGAGCUUCGAGGAGGAGGAGGAGCUGGACAGCCCCGCCGACGAGGAGGAUGGCGAGCGCAGCGGCCGCGCGCGGGACUCGGACGAGGAUACUGAAGAUGCAAGUGAGACGGACCUGGCAAAGCACGACGAGGAGGAUUAUGUCGAGAUGAAGGAACAGAUGUAUCAAGAUAAAUUGGCAUCACUGAAGAGGCAGCUCCAACAACUGCAAGAAGGUACUUUACAAGAAUAUCAGAAAAGAAUGAAAAAGCUGGAUCAGCAGUAUAAGGAGAGGAUACGCAAUGCAGAGCUUUUUCUCCAGUUGGAAACGGAGCAGGUGGAAAGAAACUACAUCAAGGAGAAGAAAGCAGCUGUGAAGGAAUUUGAGGAUAAAAAAAUUGAGCUGAAGGAAAACUUAAUAGCUGAAUUGGAAGAGAAGAAGAAGAUGAUUGAGAGUGAGAAGCUCACCAUGGAGCUCACGGGAGAUUCCAUGGAAGUGAAGCCUAUCAUGACAAGGAAACUGCGGCGACGGCCAAACGACCCUGUUCCCAUCCCUGACAAAAGGAGGAAGCCAGCCCCUGCUCAGCUCAAUUAUCUGCUGACGGACGAACAGAUAAUGGAAGAUCUGAGGACACUCAAUAAGCUUAAAUCGCCAAAAAGACCAGCGUCUCCGUCCUCGCCAGAACAUCUGCCAGCAACACCGGCUGAAUCUCCCGCACAGCGAUUUGAGGCGAGGAUAGAAGAUGGCAAGCUUUAUUAUGAUAAAAGAUGGUACCACAAGAGCCAGGCUAUUUAUCUGGAAUCAAAAGAGAACACCAAAAUCAGCUGCGUGAUCAGCUCCGUGGGCGCUAACGAGGAGCUGGUAUGGUCAGUGAUAUUGCUUAGCCUGUGCAGACCAACACAAGGAAUCUUGGCUGACCUGCGUCAGAUCCUGAUCUGGGUGAGGAAAACCAGCGACAGCACAAAAAUGAGGAUCUACCUGGGCCAGCUCCAGCGAGGGGCUUUUGUGAUCCGCCGGCGGUCUGCUGCAUGACGCUCUGCACAGGCGGCCCCCCGGCGUGUUAGACAAUCGGCCCUUGUGAAGACCCGUGGCUGCUCUUCUGGGUUUCCAUGGCAGAGGACGUUUGUUGCCUUCCCCCCUUUGGGAGCUGUCUGCCUGCUGCCCGCAUCAUUCCAGCUGUCCUCGUCUCCCUCGUGAGCCAGGUGCCUCCCUCGGGCCUGGUCUCGGGCUUUAGAUUAGCUUUUGUGUUAUCCAAAGACUAUGUAAGGCGAAUGUAUGCCAGUGUCCUCGACCUUUCCAUUCUUGUAUCAUGAGAAGAGUCCACGUGGUGUUUAACCUUUGCAUUUGAACAGCGCCGGCACCACUGCCUCGAGGAGUCUCCCUGGCAGCCCACAAAGCUGAGAGGCGCUGGCUGCGCCGGAGGCGGAUGGGACGGUUCCAGAGCCAGUGUGUGACAGUGCGGACCCAAGGGGAGUGUGAGGCAUUUUCUCAAGGUCCUGCCGUAUCUUGAAAUUCCUCGUUGGUUUAUAGAAAUGUGUGGUUAAGGGAUCUCACUCUGCAGCGAUUCGGGUUGUUUUGUAGCCGAUUGCAAAUCCCAGUAGUGGGUAAGGCGAAGGCUGUUUUUCUUCAAAUGUUGUUUCCUUGCAGAAGGUGAGGCAGAGGAGCGCCGGGGUUGGGGAAGGGAAGACACCGCUGAUGCUUGCUGCGUGCCACAAGGCCUGCUCCUUGCCGUCCUGGCCGUGGCUGGUCCAGCCAGGAGAGCCUUCUGGCCAAACGACGUACUCCUUGCGAGGCCUUGACUUUGUGCGCAGAAAGCUAGCAUCCCCCCCACAAGUGUAUGGAGUGAGAAUUGUUCUUGGAUCCCGAUGGAAAGUGCAGUGCCGACAUUCAGAGUGUGCUGUAGCGUUCAUCUGACUGGCUAGUCGCGGCGAAGUUGCUUCCAAAACAUUUUUUAUCUCUCCA